AUGGCAAAACCACUCAGCGGCAAGGCAGCUCCGAAGAACAUUUCGGUUUUUCUUCGAGUGAGGCCGCCCGUCCCGCGUGAGUUAAAGGGAGGAACUUUCAAUAAUCUUGUGUGUGAUCCUUCUGACCCGCAGCGCGUUACAAUAACAAGAGGAGGUUCUGCGCGCAAAGGAACAAAGUCGUUUCUUUUUAAUCGUGUCUUCGAUCCGGAAUGCACACAACAGACGAUUUACAAUGAGGUUGCACGUGGGGCUGUGGAUGCUGCAUUUGAUGGUCAGCAUGGCGUGCUUUUUGUCUACGGUCAAACAGGUUCCGGUAAAACAUUUACCAUCAGUAAUAAUGACCCAGAGAAACCUGGUGUGCUACAGCAGAGUCUUCGUGAUAUAUGGGAUCGUUUCCAGGCUGAUACGGAAUACGACUACUCUUGCACCGUAAGUUAUGUUCAAUUGUAUAAUGAAAUGCUGACGGAUCUGUUAGAUCCCCAAGGAGGGCGUGUACGAAUUCAACUUGGCCCUGAGGGUCGCGGUGAUGUGGUGCUAGUUACGGAGGCGUCUGGCGCGUCGAUCGAAAGGAAAGUGGAAAGCUAUGAAGAUUGUCUCAAGUACUUUUAUGAGGGAAUGGACCGUAAGGAGAUGACCAGCACCAAAAUGAACAAUACCAGCUCCCGUUCCCACACCGUGUUUAAUUUCAACCUCACACGGUCUGCUAAGGUGAAGACGGUGGAUCUGAGCAGUGCUAAGGCUAACAAUGAACCAGUAAUAGCACUACAAGGUCGUCUCGUCGUUUGUGACUUAGCGGGAAGCGAGCGUGCCAGCCGAACCAAUGCUGAAGGAAAAACGCUGGAUGAGGCAACGCAUAUUAACGGGAGUCUGCUCGUGCUGGGGAAGGUUGUUGCGGCGUUGACUGAAAGUGGGUCUCAGCACGCCCCGUUCCGCGAGUCGAAACUCACUCGUAUUUUGCAAUACUCUUUGCUUGGUAACGGCAACACGUCCAUUGUUGUAAACUGUAGCCCCUGCGAUGAUUCUACUGAGGAGACUUUGGGCGCUAUUAUGUUUGGUCAGAGGGCAAUUCAGAUUAAACAGGAUGCCAAGCGACAUGAGAUUCUGGACUACAAAGCUCUCUAUUACCAAUUGCUUGCCGAUCUCGACUCAAAGAAUGACAGGACGCUGGAGACCGCCUUGUCGGAAGAGCGGACAGCUUACGAGGAUCGUAUUCGUGUACUUGAGGAACGGAUCAAGAUUCUCACAUCUGAGAACGAUAUGUUACGGCGCGAGAGUUCGCAGCUGGGCGGUACCGGACCUGUUAGUGGCACUUCCACUGCGUCUGGUGCAGCAGCAGCAGCAGUUGCGAUGGGCGGUGAUGAUGCUAAUGACUGGCGAUCUUUGACAAUGAAAAUGAGGCGUGCUAUAGAGAAGCUUGAUGCCGACUUGAAGCGCACUGAUAAGGAGCGUGUGGAACUUGCACAAUUUCUUGCUCUAGAGAAGAACAAGGUGAACGUCUUGGCGCAGAAACUCCGUGCGGAAUCGCUGAAACAUAUAAUGGAGAACAAAGAACUAACGCAGCGCGUGACUGAACUUUCUAUUGAUAACGCGAAGCUGAAGGGCACCGAUUAUAUCAGUUUCCAGCCCAGUGCAGCAUGUGAGGAUGCCCUUCCAUUGUCGUUGGAUUCACCGAGAAGGGGGACCCCUUCCAGUGGCUUGUCGCAGUCAAUCAAUGUAGGCGAUGCGUAUCUGCAGGAGCAACUUGACAAGGCGAACCGGCAGCUGCGUGUGCUUAAUGAGGAGCGAGUGGAGUUAAUUGUAUAUCAAAUGAUGGCUAGUAAGGCCAUUCGGUUGUUACAUGCAGAGAAGACGUCUCUCGCUAACCAUCUUGAGAAACUGAAAGCGUAA